GCUGCUGGGCCCUUGCUCUGACACCUUAUUGUCAGUAAGAAGUGACAUGCACAAAUGGCAUGUGCCACCACACUGAAAAUAGCUCCUGAGCGUGCCCUGGGAGCAGGCGGCCGCCUUAUAUGUCCUGCUGCACAUGCUGCUGCCUCGGGGUGGGGGAGCCCCUUCCCAGCACAGGUGCUGCACAUCCCACAGCGAGGGUGGCCUGCCUGCAUUCUCCUGAGGACACGAGGGGCUGAAUGAUUGCCAGGUGCUCUUAAAUCAGAUGAAAGAGAUCACAGGAAUUCAGGAUUCAGCAUUCCUGCUUGCUGCUCUAAAGGCUGCUGAUGGAGAUCUCAUGGAAGCAGUCACCUUCCUGACAGAGGACCCUGCUCCAGAGCCAGUGCUGAACCCAGCUGCUGCAGAGCCAUCCGCCUGGGAAGGAGGCACAGUGGGCAAACAGCUCCCACAGGAUGUUGGUGCUGCACCUGCCCCUCACAACCAAGACAACCUCCGCACAGCCAACGCUGUCAGACCACUGGAAUCACCAAAAGCUCCAGCUGCAGAAAGGGAUGCAGCUGAAAGACCACAGGAUGCCCAUUCUGCUGAAAACAAAAACCGCUCCAAAAGGAAACGCUGUGAAGUCUGGGGAGAGAACCCCAAGCAGAAUGACUGGAGAAGAGCUGGUGACUGGCCUGUUGGAAUGAAAAAUAUAGGAAAUACGUGUUGGUUUAGUGCUGUUAUACAGUCUCUGUUUCAGCUGCCAGAAUUCCGGAGGCUGGUCCUUGGGUACUCCCUCCCACAGAAUGUGCUUGAAAGUUGUCGUAGUCACACUGAAAAAAGAAAUAUUGCAUUCAUGCAAGAACUUCAGUGUCUGUUUGCAUUAAUGCUGGGGACAUGGCGUAAGUUUGUAGACCCUUCUGCAGCACUGGAGCUCUUGAGGGACGUGUUCAGAUCAGCUGAACAACCACAGCAAGAUGUGAGUGAGUUUACACACAAACUGCUGGACUGGCUGGAGGAUGCAUUCCAGCUCACUGUGAAUGCCACGAGCCUUGGGGACAAAUCUGAAAACCCAAUGGUGCAGCUCUUCUACGGGACUUUCCUGACUGAGGGUGUCCAUGAGGGCAACACUUUUUCCAAGAUUGAGACCUUUGGUCAGUAUCCCCUUCAGGUAAAUGGGUACCGGAACUUGAACGAGUGCUUGGAAGGAGCCAUGGUGGAGGGAGAGAUGGAUGAGGCAACAGCAUCUCAGUCAGUGAAGUAUGGACAGGAGCGCUGGUUUACAAAACUCCCACCAGUUCUGACCUUUGAACUCUCCCGAUUUGAGUUCAAUCAGUCACUAGGACAGCCAGAGAAAAUUCACACCAAGCUAGAGUUUCCCCAGACUAUUUAUAUGGACAGGUACCUCUACUGCAAUAAAGAUCUUAUUCAGAUGAAAAGAGAGGAAAUGAAGAGAUUGAAGGAGAAAAUGGUGACUCUGCAGCAGAAACUGGAAAGGUACAUGGAGUAUGGCUCUGGCCCAGCCCGCUUUCCACUGCCUGACAUGCUGCAGUACGUGCUCGAGUUCAUUGCGACAAAGCCAGCCGUGGCUGCGUCCUCCGCUCAGGGCUCUCACACAGCAGCCCUGCGCUCCCGAGCCAAGCCCGACGUCCUGGGCGUGCUGUCACAGCCAAACAGCAUACAAGAAAGGACUGAUACCAGGACUGAAGAUGAAGCCUUCUUUGUGGCAAAUUCUUCGCCACAGCAAAGCUCCAGCGUGGAGCUCCAGCCUCCUGUUCCACCAGCAGAGCUGUCUGAAGGUCCAGCUCCUCACGUGGUCUCCAGGGAAGAGCUGAACCUGGUGCAGACAUGUCUGCAGCGAUGGAGAAACGAGAUCGAGCAAGACGUGCAAGAUCUGAAGGAGUCUAUUGCCAGAGUCAACCUGUCCAUCCAACAGAUGUACUGUGACCCUCUCCUCCAGCAGGUUCCCUAUCGCCUGCAUGCAGUCCUGGUCCAUGAGGGGCAAGCAAAUGCUGGGCACUACUGGGCCUUCAUCUAUGACCAGCCUCGUAAAAGAUGGCUCAAGUACAAUGACAUCUCAGUGACAGAGUCCUCGUGGGAAGAGCUGGAGCGAGAGUCCUUCGGAGGCUUGAGGAACGCCAGUGCCUACUGCCUGAUGUACAUCAGUGACCAGGUGUCCCCUGCUGGUGCAGAUGAGGAUGAGGGCCCAGAGGCUAGACAGCUCCAGAAAGAAGUGGAAGCCUUGUCCCCAGAACUGAGGCACUACAUCCAGGAGGACAACUGGCGCCUGGAGCAGGAGGCAGAGGAGUGGGAUGAGGAGCAGUCUUGCAAGAUUCCUCAGAUGGAGCCUUCACCUUCUUCUGAAUUGCAGGACCUCUCCUCUGAGUCAGGACCAGAGCAAUCACCGGUCUGUGAGCCGAGCGUGCACUCCCUGUCCUCGGAGCAUGCCAGGAUUGCCAAGGAGCAGACUGCCAAGGCCAUUGCCAACACUGCUGAUGCCUACGAGAAGAACGGUGUCGAGGCAGCUCUGUGUGAGCGCAAGGAGGUAGAGCCUCUGAAGGCCCAUCCAGAAGAAACAUCCCCCUCAGUUCAGGCAGAGCAGCCCCAGGACACUCAGGAAGCAGAGGCUGCUGCCCAAACUAGCUCACAGGUCUCUGAAGUGGAAAUCCCCAGUGUGGGGAAGAUUCCCGUUAGAUCCGAUGCAGAUGGAUAUAAUGAGGAGGUGAUGCUGAGUCCAGCCAUGCAAGGUGUCAUCCUGGCUAUUGCAAAAGCCCGCCAGACCUUUGAUCGUGAUGGGUCUGAAGCAGGGCUUGUUAAGGCAUUCCAUGAGGAGUACUCCCGGCUGUACCUGCUUUCCAAAGAGACCCCAACCCCCCAGAACGAUGCCCGCUUGCAGCACGUGCUCAUCUACUUCCUGCAGAACAACGCUCCGCAGCAGGUGGUGGAGCGGACCCUCCUCGAGCAGUUUGCAGACAAAAACCUCAGCUACGACGAACGGUCCAUCAGCAUCAUGAAGGUGGCACGGGCCAAGCUGAGCGAAAUCGGUCCUGACGAUGUUGACAUGGAGGAGUACAAGAGAUGGCACGAAGACUACAGCCUUUUUCGCAAGGUGUCCAUUUACCUGCUGACAGGGUUGGAACUCUACCAGAAUAGAAAGUACCAAGAGUCACUCACCUACCUGGUCUACGCCUACCAAAGCAACACCAAGCUGCUGCUGAAGGGAACCAACCGCGGCGUGAGCGAGUCGCUGAUCGCCCUGUACCGGAGGAAGUGUCUCCUGAAGCUGAACGAGGUGGCAGCUUCUCUUUUUGUCAGCUGCGAAGAAGCUCAUGUGUCAGAGGGUGUGAGCAUCCUGAACGAGCUGAUCAUCCCCUGCAUGCAUCUCAUGAACAACUUUGAGAUCUCCAAGGAGGACCUGGAUGCCAUCGAGGUCAUGAGGAACCGCUGGUGCUCCUAUUUGGGACGAGAAGACAUGGAUGCAAAGCUGCAGAGGAAGCUGGGUGAGCUGCUGCCCCGGCUGCUGGACGGCUCCACUGAGGUCAUAGUGCUGAAAGAGCCGCCGAAGAUCCGGCCCAACUCCCCCUACGACCUGUGCAGCCGCUUUGCGGCCGUCAUGGAGUCCAUCCACGGGGCCUCCGCCGUGGCCGUGAAGUAGCCGCGGGCCGCGGCCGCGCCACGGCCCGCCAGGCAGAGCUGCAGCGGGGAGGAGAGGGGCGGUUCGGAUUCCGAGCUGCGCUCUUUGUAAAUAUGAGCGGAUAAAAAGCAGUAUUGCACUUCUGAGGCAAAACGUAAGGCAGGAACUCGAAGGACCUGGACCACUGUUGCAGCGCAAGGCGCAGGCCCCGGCAGCACCGUGGGGCCUCUUCUGUCCUGGCGGCCUUCUAGAUGCAGCCCCCGGGCCCGUGACGGCACGGGAGCCCAGCUCUGCUCAGCACCGCGCGCUGUGGCUGGGCCGGCGGGCACUUGCACAGCUCCCUGAGUCCAUGGCCACUGCCAGAGGUGCAUGUUCCAGCCCAGCCAGACUCCUGCUCGCAGGAGCCUGGGCUGAGCGAGGAGGAGGCAGCAAGGAGCAGCGGCUCGCGCUCUGCAGCGUGGGCGGUCAUGCACGCAGCUGACUGUUGUGGUCAAGCCAAGCAGGCUUUUGCCUUUUGUACUCCAGCUGGCACCAGAAACCACGCAGGAGCCUUCCUUGAAGAAGCACAGGCAAAUCCUGGCAGUGAGGAGCCAGGACGGGGCUGUGGGUUUGUGCCUGGCAGGAGCUGACUGGCUCAGGGCAAUCACAGCACCCCAAAGGAUAUUCCCCUUGUGGCUGGAAAGCAAACUUCCUUCUCCCCUCGGGUGGUGGGUCAGGGCUGGAUUACUGUUGAUGACAGCUGGGAGGGCUCAGAUCAGCCCGUUCUGUUGGUGGUGGGUGUUUGUGUUGACUUUGUUAACAAAGUGCCCUGUUGGCAUUUCCUUUUGCGGUCGCCCUGUGCUUGCAUUUGAGCUGCAGCACUUGUAAGCCAAAAGUUCUGAGUCAGUGGAGGGGGAUCCUGUUUUUUGGAACUAUGCAGAGUUUUCUAACAGUGCAAUAAAAGCAUUUGUUCUAUGUUAGAAUGAAAAA